AUGGCCAUGACCAACACUAGUCACACCGCCGACAUCGGCAUCUCUCUCUCUGGCAUCCAAGAGACGCUCUUUAUCACGCUCGUCGGCAAGUACAAUGACUUUUUCCGGUCCCGGCCGCUCCUCGCGGACCGCUGGGCCGUCGCCAUCCUCGACCACCUCGAUCCGCAGCAGCAAGCCGCGCUGGUCGCGCGUGUCCCCUCCUAUUUUAAGCACUCGCCGUAUGUUCCGAUGCGCUCCUACACCAUAGAUACAUGGGCAGCGAGUUUUCUCGCCCGCCACAGGGACCAGGCCGUCGCCGUUGUCCAUCUCGGCUGUGGUCUGGAUGCUCGCGCGCUGCGUCUUCGUGGUAAGUGCGGCGUCAACGUGCGCUGGAUCGAUCUCGACUUGCCCGAUGUCAUUGACGCCCGGCGACGCGUCGCGGCCUGUAUGCCCGAGCCCGCCAUGGCGACAGCGGCGGGGGAAGUGUACUCGUACCAGAUGGUGGCGGCCGAUGUAACGGCGGAGGGGUGGCUCAAAGACCUUCCCACCGAUCGUCCGACUCUCGUUCUCAUCGAGGGACUAAUCAUGUACUUGCGCGUCAAGGACGCCGAGGGACUCCUUCGACGACUGCGGAGCCAUUUUGAACCUGGAGGCGGGGAGCUGGUGGUCGACCUCGUCUCGCCCCAGAUGGCAACGUUGCAGAAAUGGCCCUUUAAAAUACUCGGGGACUUUGAUGCUCCAUUCGGCUACACGCCAAACAGUUUCCAAGAUGUGUUAAAGUCGGAUAAACGGCUACAGCUCGUCGAAGGUGACUACUUCACAAACUGGCCGGUUGUGCAGUUGUUGGGCUCUGGCCCCCGCGUCUGUUUGUGGUUUCUGUCAUGGAUUCCGUAUUUCAGCGGCUUGUUUAGCCUGAUGCGCCUCAAGAUGUAA